GGUCUAACGAGCUGGCUAAAAAACACACAGCAAUCAGGACUUUAUGAAUAUAAAAUCUUUGGUGGUCUUCCUGAUUGUUCCCCAAAACUGUGUGCGGAUGUCUAUAUGGACUUAGAUUUCAGAAAGCAGUGGGAUCAGUAUGUUAAAGAACUCUAUGAGAAAACAUAUGACGGUGAAAAGGUAAUCUACUGGGAAGUGAAGUACCCUUUUCCUCUCUCAAACAGAGAUUAUGUCUAUAUUCGUGAACGUCGAGAGAUGGAUAUUGAUGGGCGGAAGAUCUGGGUUGUGUUGGCUCAGAGUGUGUCUGUUCCUCAGUGCCCUGAGAAGCCUGGUAUUAUCAGAGUUAAAAGCUAUAAACAGAGUGUGGCAAUUGAAAGUGAUGGCAAGACUGGAUCUAAAGUCUAUAUGUACUAUUUCGAUAAUCCCGGUGGCAUGAUUCCAUCAUGGUUGGUGAACUGGGCUGCCAAGAGUGGUGUGCCUGCCUUCUUGAAGGAUAUGCAAAAAGCUUGCUUUAAUUAUUCUAAGAGCACAUAAAUCAAAGUUCAUCUGAAUUGUUUAGUUCCUAGAGUUCUGCACUUGCAGGAGUGGCUAUUGUGUACUACACUGGAUAAAAUCUACCUCU